UCGAAUGUCAAUUCUAAUACAUACCUACAGAUACCUGCUUUGUUUUGUACUUUGUAAUAGUCUGUUUUCAUUUUGUUUACUCGCCUAACGUAUUUUAUUUUUAAUUAUCCAGUUAAUUGUUUGUAGCUUUCAAACAAAACAUUUCUGUUCCAAUAAUGUCUACCGAGCUACAACCUUUUGUCGCAAACGAGCUGAGAUUCGAUGCUACAUGGCUUGAACGAAUUUUAUUAGAAAUUGGUGAUAUAUUUGACAUAAGAAUAGUAUGGGACGCAGACACUGCUCUCCUGACUGGGGCACUGGCAUUAGUAGGAGGGGUGGUCGGUGGAUAUGCUGGAGGCAGAAUGGGAGCCGCGCUUGGUGCUGGCAUCGGUGGAGCGGCAGGUUUUGGAGCCUCAACCAUAGUAUCCCUCAGAGAAAUCUGGGCAACUGUCAAGGAGAAGUUAAAAGAGGUGCUGUACAUAGUCUUUAACUACCUCCGAAGAUUGGAUCCGGAAGACUAUAUGAUAGCAUUUGAUAUCCUCAUGAGCUGUGCCACAAGUCGGAGAGAGCUGGUCAUGACAUUACUCAACUUCAUCGCACAUAAAUUAGGAAGGGAGGUGCUUUCCACCCUCACUGCUGCGUAAGGGGUAGAUGUAUAGUAUUUUUAAUACAACUUCCGAAUAGGUUGAUGGUAUUAAAAUAUGCAGUCUAAACCAGGGUAUGUAUGAGAUGAUUCUUAAUGUACUCUUCUUGACAUUUUGCAGUCCUGUAGUAAUUAAAUCAUAGUUAUAAUAUGACAAGCCUCACCGCUUUAUGAACGAAUUGGCUGCUAUAAAACCAAGAAUUUAUAUUUUUCUGACCUUAAAUCUCAAAGCCUCAUUUCAUGGGAUUAGAGAUAACGAUAAAAAGUUAUAAUGGUCAAUUUUUAGUUAACAGCUCAAGUAUAGAUCAAUCUAUAAGGUAACAAAAUGAAAGUUGACAGCAUUAUACAGAAAGGACAUGUUUCAAAUUAACAAAGUUUAGCAUGUUUAAAUUGCUCUCCUGUAAAGUUAUGUUUUUGCACUAGUAUGCGUAGGACCUAACGAUAGUUCGCACCCAACUUAGAAAAAGCCUUGCAUACAGGGCCUCGCAUAGUGCAGGAAUAUCGUUCAAUUCGGCGAGCUUUUAAUUUUUAAUUUGCUAUUGUCAACUAUGCAAUCCUUGAAAAAUCCAAAGCUAAGCCAAAGGCCAUAUCAUAUCAAUGCUAGCUAGUGUAAUUAGUACAUUAUUAUACUAUAUUUCUACACUGUUGUUUAAACCAUGCACGGUUACCUUUUAAUAUAAAAAAUACAACAUAUAUUGUAAUGAGACAAUUUAGAGAAUUUAAUUUAUUAAAUUAUAAAAUGACGUAACUUGGCCAACAAUUCACAGCAAUCAGUUUAAAGACAUAAAAACAAUACAAACACAAGUAUUGAGAGAACCCUCCUUUUUUUAAAGUCGGUUUAAAAUUACGUAUAUAGGAGAACGGAAGGUAAUAGGGUACUUGGUAAAUUUUUUUAAAAAGCGACCAACUUCCUUUAAAUGUCACACAAAACGAGAUUCGCACACUAGGAGUUUAUAAACGUCCUCAGAAAAUUAGAUCAAAUUCUGUUAGAUGUCACCAGACCUAAGUCAAUUAGGACAGAUUAGAAAUACUUAGAAUGGCUUUUCUAUGCAUAUUUUUCAAUUUAAGGUGCUGAUUACAUUAAGUUUUGUUUAUAUGCAUAAUAUAUUAUUUAUCUAAUGUCCUACAAAAACAAAUGAUUAGAAAACUUAUCAAAGAUUAUUACAAUUAUAAUUGUUUUAACUUCGGGAUUCCCCCAAUAUAAUGGUCAAUAUUUGUGGUGGGCUAAAGAGUAAUUUCGAUAAAAAAUACAAUUGAAAUUUGUUUUUUUGCCACAUACAUAUAAUACUAAACCAUUUGUCGACACGCAGUUCUGUUCUACCUAUAAUAAGGUCUUUAAUUGAAGUGUGAGGAGCAUUAGGCAUGAGGCCAUUGUCUGCAAUAUGUCUAAUAUUGAGAAAUACGUUCUAGUGUUAGCAUACACAUCAAGUGAUCUUGAGAAAAGUCCCUUUAGUUUUUGUGAAAUUUUUGUAGUCAGAUGUGACACUUGAAAGAGCUCAGUGGGCCACACAUUGAGUAUGGCUCGGAUUAGAAUAUUUUUAUGUAUUUAAAUAUCUAUCACAGUAGAAUAUAAAUAAAUAAAUAAAAUAAAGAUUUAUGUAUGUGCCUUUUGCUCAAUGCCUGUUACGAGUAUAGAUCUGUAUGACAAAUUGUCAUCAAUAUAUUUGUAUGUAUUGUAAUAAAUUAUACUGAAAUGUUAAUAUUUUUAUAUGUAUAUAAAGUGUAUGUAAAUAUUGUUGCUACAAGACGUUAUAAAAUGUAUGUAUUUCAUUUAAAUCCACCCAAUUAAGUUACGGAAGAGGAUCGCAAUACGCUUCUAUAGUGUCUUGAAAAUAAGCACCGACAAAAUUAAUUGAAAUCAAAAGUCAACCUUAGUUCCUAUAUAAUGGGACCCAUAUUAAAACCAAGCAUUGGGUCAAAGCAGGUUACUAUUUUAUAAAUCGUAUGCGAAAGGAAAUAAAGUUUAAAUUACAAUAGAAUUCAAUCUUCUGUCACACUGUAUAAUGUAUAAUUGUAAUUUGUUAGGUAACUGAAUAUUUUUUUUUUGUAUCAUAUCGUGUUUUGUUUGAAUAUCUUUUAUUAAAUAAAUGUAAUACAUUUGAUUGUACAUUUAUGAGGGUCAAUUGAAUCUAUUUUUAUUAAGUUUUUUUUUAUUGCUUUGAAUGACGAGACGAGCUUACCGUUCGCCUGAUGGUAAGCGAUACGACCCAUAAACAGCAGAAAAACCAUCUAACUCCUUGAAUUACAAAGUAUUGUUUGGUAUUCCAUUGCGCACGUCAUCCUGAGACGUGAGAUGUUGUCUUAUGUUCAGUAGUUACACUGGCUACAAUAUGUAUGUUUUCUAUGUUUUCAUUUUUAUUGUGGUGCCUUUUUUUAAACAGCAUUAGUAAAAUAAAUGCACAUGAGUCACAAUACAUUGCUCAAGUGUUAGGUUUAAAUAAACGGCUGUUAUUGUAGAUUUAAGAAAUGGUGUUUGUAUUAAAAUAAAUAUUUCACGUUUUAUUA